AUGAUCGCNCUUUUAAAAGAUUACAGCAUCAAAAAUGGUUCCAUCAUUCAAUUUGCAGUCAAACUAAGGGCAGCAGCUGAACCAACAGUCAUGGUACUAGCCGAGGACCUACUGGAUCCUGACUUUGACUAUGACUUUAGAAACGAGCCCAACGUAGGGCGGGUCUAUGAAAGAGGAGGGUAUGUGUACAAUCGUCCGUAUGGCUGGAGCCGACUGGCCUUGAAGACUAAGGGAAAGUAUCCACCUGAUGAUGCCUGGUUGGGUAUACUGGCCAAUCGUACAGAGAGUUCAAAUGAGGAGUGGCCAGUCUCUUAUCAUGGGACAAAGAGAGAAGGAGCAAUGGCUAUAGCAGCUGAAGGAUAUGAUGAGGAUAAAUUAGACCGGGAGAACUUUGGAAGAGGGUUUUACUCAACACCUGAUGUUGAAGUUGCUGCUGACUUUGCUCCACGAUUUGACCAUACUGAUGGUAAGAGGUACGAGGCUAUCAUUCAGAACAGAGUUAAUCUCAACUCUGGACACUCUGAGAUAAUUCCAGUGGAGAAGACACGACAUGGAGCAGAGUAUUAUCUGACAUAUUCUUCUGAUGACCUGAGACCAUACGGGAUAUGUAUCAGGGAAGUUAAAGCUAUUAGUACUUAA